GCAAAGUGAACAUAACAAGAGCAGUCGGCUCCAAAUAACGAUCUUAAAAAGAUGUUUCGAUCGAUAAUCAUUUGCGCGUUAUCCUAUCAAGUGGUAGCAAGUGAAUCUCUCCCUACAGUCGCUACUGCACCUGUUCCAAUUCCUAGUGUUGGAGCAAUCACUCCAGGAGUUAAUCCUUAUGUCGCUGGUUUGAAUAACGCAUACCCAGGAUACAAUGGCUAUAGAAGCCCCUAUUACAAUCCAGCUAGUGCAACCGCUCCCAUUUUGAGCUACUCCAAUAAUCGAGCCAUUGAUGGAAGUUAUUCAUACAGCUAUGCUACUGGUGAUGGAAAACAAGCGCAAGAAAGAGGAUUUUUGAAAGACGCUUUCAUUGAUAAUCAUGGAUCUCCUCAAGGAACACAGGUGGUAGAAGGAAGUUACGCGUAUACCUCACCAGAAGGUAUACCAAUUCAAGUGAGCUACGUAGCUGAUGAAAAUGGAUUCAGACCAGCCGGUGUGCACAUACCUGCGGACGGAAGAGUGUCUCCCGCUGCUUUACCAGCAGGCUACAAUAAUAACCUUUACGAUCCCCGCUACAAUGGCUAUAAUCCUAUAAACUAUCGUAAUCCUUAUAGCAAUCAAUAUAAUCCUCUUAGACCUUAUGAUCCUACAUAUAAUCAAUACCAUCCAUACGCAGGAAAUAUCGUUAACGGAUAUAAAAAAGCUCUGGUUAAUCUGAUGUGCAUCAUUCUCCUUCCUGCAUUUUGUGAGCAUUCAACGAUAGUAAACGGAUAUCAAAAAAUCGCCAUGAAAUCUUUUUUAAUUUUAACGUUGGGGAUAUGCCUGGCAGCUGCUGACGUCAACAAUUUCCAACCCUACUAUACACAGCAACAACAACAAGCCUAUACAACAGAAACGAUACCGAUUGUACGACAGGAACAAGUAAUUAAUCCCGAUGGAUCUUAUAAAUGGAAUUACGAAACGGGUAAUGGCAUUGCAGCUGAGGAAGCGGGUUCAAUAAAGAACCAGGGUAUUCCCGAGCAAGAGUCCUUGUCUGCCCAAGGCCAGUACCAGUAUACCGCGCCUGAUGGACAAAUAAUACAACUGCAAUAUGUAGCUGAUGAAAAUGGAUUUCAACCCCGUGGUGCUCAUUUACCUACAUCACCUCCAAUCCCUGCAGAUAUUCAAAAGUCUUUGGAUUAUCUCGCUACUGCACCUACGCCGCCCGCAGAACUCAACCGAAUUAGAGUUUAAAACCUUUGCUAUUUUGACUAUAAUAAUAAUGUACCCGUGAACGAGGCUAGUAUUCUACAAAAUAAGAUUUUUAUAUGUGAUGAACUUCUGUAGUUGUUAAAAUGUUAAUUCUAUAAAUAAUAUUAAUUUACA